CUGCAGCACACACAGGCCUGACAUCGCUGGUCCAGGGUGGGUCCGGUCUCCAUGGAUACACAGCCGGAUGCUGCUCGGCGCUGAACGCAGCUGGAAAGGGGCGCAGGGAGACAUGAUGGAGGAAGCCGGGAGCCCGAGAGGCAGCCGCCUGCCCUGGGAGUGCUUCUCGGCGUGGCUGGACGGUGUGUGCGUAGUUACCUUCGACCUGGAGCUGGGGCAAGCUAUGGAGCUGGUUUAUCCCUACAGCAGCCAAAUAACAGAAAAAGAGAAAACCAGCAUCUGCUACUUGUCCUUCCCAGACUCAUAUUCAGGAUGCUUGGGUGACACUCAGUUUACCUUUCGUAUGCGCCGCUCAGCAGGACAUCGAAGCUUAUUUCAAGAGGAGGAAAAAUAUAAUCGAGAAGCUCCUGUUACACUGCAGAGGGAUGCUGCCCAUUACUAUGGGUAUGUAUAUUUCCGGCAGGUGAGAGACAGCUCUGUGAAGAGAGGAUACUUCCAGAAGUCUCUGGUUCUUCUCUCCAGCUUACCUUACACCAAUCUGUUUCACACCCUCUUGCAACUCAUAGCACCUGAAUACUUUAACAAACUGGAGCCCUGUCUGGAAGCUGUUUGUAAUCAGAUUGAUCGCUGGCCAUUCCCUGAGCCGGGGCUUUCUCUUUCGCUACCUAUCAUGGGACUUGUCUUGCAGGUCAAAAUUCCAAGCCAAAGUGAUCCGAUGGAAACCAACGCUAUUAAUGAUCCCCAGAAGGAUCGACUGGACCCCCCGUGUCAUAUCUCAAGUAUUCAAGAGUUGGAUCUUUACAGGUCCUUGCAGUCCAUUCUGAUGAACCUUCAGUUGCUGUGGGAGUUGGUAUUGCUGGGAGAGCCACUGGUUGUUAUGGCUCCUUCACCCUCCAUCUCCUCUGAAAUUGUACUGGCAUUGACUGGAUGCAUUUCUCCUUUAAAGUUCUGCUCAGAUUUCCGUCCAUAUUUUACUAUUCAUGAUAGUGAAUUCAAGGAAUAUACAACAAGGACACAAGCUGCUCCCAGCCUACUACUUGGAGUCACCAAUCCUUUCUUUAUCAAGACAUUGCAGCACUGGCCACACAUUCUGCGUGUUGGGGAACCACGAGUGUCUGGCGAUUUACCCAAACAAGUCAAGUUGAAGAAGAUAACAAAGCUGAAGACACUUGACACUAAAACAGGAAUGUACACAUCCUAUAAGCCAUUUCUCCACAAAGACAAGACACUGAUUAAACAGUUGUUAAAGGGUCUUCAGAAGAAACUCCCCUCUUCCACACUUAGUUUAUUGCUUCGGAAACACCUGUUUGAGCUCACACAGAGUUUCGUCCUUCCCCUGGAACGUUACAUGGGCAGCCUGAUGCCACAUCAUAGUUCCAUCACUCCCUGGAAGAAUCCCCCACAGGUUCGGCCAUUCCAGCAAGAUGAGCUGAUGAAGAUGCUGGAACUCACAGGUCCACAGUUCAGCUCUCCAAUAAAGGGGGACUGGAUAGGAUUGUACAGGCGUUUUCUGAAGUCUCCCCAUUUUGAUGGUUGGUAUCGCCAGAAGCAGAGAGAGAUGAGAGAGAGGCUGGAAACAGCACACCUCAAAGUCAUCUGUGAAGCAAAUAUUGCAGCAUGGAUAAAGAACAAAUCAGAGGUGGAGAUUGUGGAUCUGGUACUGAAAUUGCGAGACAAAUUGCUCAGGGCUCACAGACAACACCUUCCUGUCAGCUCUGCUUCCCUGACCAGACUGAAACUUCACAUUGAUGAAGUAAUAUGCUCACUUCCUGAAGACCUGCAGAGCAUAUUGCAUCCACAUUGAAAGGAUUGUAUAGCAUCCCAGUCACGUAUCCUGUAUCAUCAGUGUGACGUAUUUGUGGAGCAUGCUGCAUCAUCACUGUGAUUUAGCUGUACAGCAUCUUCUAUCAUCUCCAAGACCCCGAAAGAUGUCCUGUGCCAUACAGAAAGAAACCAGAAGAUACCUUGUUUUGCCCACCAUUUAUCAUGCGUAACCUGCAGUGCAGAUCUUCAGCCCAGAACAAUGUUGUUAUCAGUUAUUUACUACUAGUUAUUUAUAUAGCGCACACAUAUUCCGCAGCACUUUACAGAGAAUAUUUGGCCAUUCACAUCAGUCCCUGCCACAGAGGAGCUUACAAUCUGUAUUCCCUAUCACAUGUACACGCACACAAAUUCACGCUAGGGUUCAUUUUGUUUAGAGCCAAUUAACCCUACCAGUAUACUUAUGGAUUGUGGGAGGAAACUGGAGGAAACCCAUGUUAAUCAUUACAUCGUCCGUGCUUCCAUGGAACAAAGCUGCUCUGUACAUUGUAUAUUACUAUGAGAGGCGUAGGGACUCUCACGGAACAGACAAGCACAAGGAUGACCCUGUAAAAUACCUCCAAGAUACAGAUCUGUAGAGCAUUCUCUAUUAAACUGCAUCAGCAAAGGAGCUACAUACUCUGUAAAGCACAAAGCAGAAUAACCUGAUCACCAUAAUAGUGAUUUCUGAACUAUCCAACUGCUCACAUCACACAGGUAAUCCGUUUGUGGAGGAGCAGGUGAACCACACAUCAUACUACAGUAGAUUAUACAUAUAACCUUGUCAACUAUCAUACAUUAACACUGUGUUCACAUUUCUUUUUCUUUUUUUACUACCACAAAAUGGUGUGAAGUUGAACCAGAUAAUUGACAGUAUUGUGUUCUAUUCUAUAGAUUGUAAGCUUGCGAGCAGGGCCUUCCUACCUCUAUGACUGUUAUCACCCAGUUUGUUAUUGUUAUUUCAAAUUGUAAAGCGCAACGGAAUUUGCUGCGCUAUAUAAGAAACUGUUAAUAAAUAAAUAAAUAAUAAAUAUUUGUAAUGGCCAGGAAUUUGUAUACAAAUACAAGAUGUUCAACUGUCUGCAAUCAGAAUGAUGGGCUGCUGCUGUUUGUGUUUCAGUGCUGUACAGAUCUGUAUAUUUCUUGCUAUGUAUGCAUGAAAAGUGAGAACUUGUGAAGUUUGUUUAAAAUAAAUCAGACUUAAAUGUUCCAAAUCAUUUAAGGUACUAAUAAGGUUA